CUCCCGGCGAGCUCGUGCGCGGUGCCGGGGCCCCAGGCGCGGCCCCCGCCCCUCCCCCGCCGGGCUCGGCGGCCGGACCGCUCGCCGCCGCCCUUCCCGACCCGGCGCUGUCGGUCCUGCUCGCCCUCUGCCCAGUUGUUUUUUUAUGUUUCAGGUGUGUACAUUAGCACAUAUGGCAAAUCAGUGACUGAUAGAAGACUGGCGUUCGGUGGACGUGAAUUUCAUUCGAUUUGAGUUUUGCUUGAGAUGGCCGUUGGUUUGACAUCCCAGCUGUUUCAAAGAGUGCCUGCUACUGACAUAUUUUGCCAAAGGAACAAACUUAGGAGCCCUGAGAUGAGGAGUUCUCUUCCCUUGUCAUCCACUUCGUUUCCUUCAAUUGCUGAUAGACAAGACUGUUGGGGGCAUAAUGUGUUGGAGAGUAACUACAGGCCCAUGCUUUAUACACCUCACAAAUAUAGAUCUCUGGGCUUUAGGACUUUUGCGUUGCCAGUUCCUUUGCAGGAAAACCCUCUUGUCAAGAGCGCAGCAGUAGCACUGACUAGGUCAUGCGAUACUUUACUUGCAAAUCCUGCUACUUCACUUGUGGUCCCUGCAAUUGGAAUUAUUGUGUUUGCUCUAUGGGGUUUUUUGCCACUAAUGAGGGAUAUUAGAAACCGUUUUGAUCAUGGAGGCAAUUGGAAGAAGAGCCCUACAUAUUUAAUUUCUUCGUCCUACCUUCAACCUCUACUUCUCUGGACUGGAGCAACACUAAUAUGCAGGGGUUUGGAUCCAGUUGUGUUGCCUACAGCAGCAAGCCAAGCUGUGAAAACACGCCUGAUUACUUUCGUGAGAUCAUUAUCAACUGUCCUGGCUGUUGCAUAUAUUUUCACAAGCUUGAUUCAGCAGGUACAGAAGUUUCUUGUGGACCAUCGUCAUCCCAAUGAUACAAGAAAUAUGGGAUUUGAUUUUACCAUGAAAGCUCUUUAUACUGGUAUUUGGAUUGCUGCUGUUUCUCUCUUUAUGGAGUUGCUGGGUUUCAAUACCCAGAAGUGGAUAACUGCUGGAGGUUUUGGGACAGUAUUGCUUACACUUGCUGGUCGUGAGAUUUUCACUAACUUCCUCUCGAGUGUCAUGAUCAAUGCCACACGCCCAUUUGUAGUCAAUGAAUGGAUCAAUGCAAAGAUAGAUGGUGUUGAAUUCUCUGGCAUUGUUGAGCAUGUUGGUUGGUGGUCUCCAACAAUCAUUAGAGGUGAUGAUCGAGAAGCUAUAUACAUUCCUAAUCAUAAGUUUACAGUUUCUAUAUUAAGGAAUAACACUCAGAGGACCCAUUGGCGUAUUAAGACCUAUCUUGCUAUAAGCCACAUGGACGCUGGAAAAAUUGGGAUUAUUGUUGCAGACAUGAGGAAAGUGUUGGCGAAAAAUCCACAUAUAGAACAACAGAAGCUGCAUAGAAGAGUAUUCUUUGAGAAAAUUGAUCCAAAAAAUCAAGCACUUAUGAUUUACAUAUCCUGUUUUGUGAAGACAUCACGUUUUGAGGAGUAUCUCAAUGUCCAGGAAACUGUUAUGUUGGAUCUUCUUAGAAUAGUUGGUCACCACAAAGCAAGGCUUGCUACCCAAAUUCGAACAGUUCAGAAAUCAUAUGGCAAUGCAGAUUUCGAUAACAUUCCUUUUGGAGAGGGCAUGUAUAGUCGCGUCAGCGGGCGUCCACUUCUGAUUGAUACAUCUGCAAGGAUCAGUGAUGAUAAGGGCAAACCUCAACCGGUAUCAUCACGUGAGGAGCAGAAAGUCAAGACAAGCGGUUCGGUAGAGGUCAAGUCUGCUUCACCUGAAAACGCUAGUUUAAACAACUCUGAAAAGCAGGAUCAGAAAAAAUCGGUACCUGAAGAUGCUCGGGUGAAGAACAGCAAGAGUGAUAAUGUGAUGCCAGUAACAUCAUCUUCAGAUCCUGUUACGUCAAUUUCUAAGACUGGUAAAGGGAAGACACAUGAAGCUGAGGUCACUGAACGCCAGGAUGGUUCCGUGUCCGUGGCUAAUCCGAAGAAAGAAUCUAGACCUGCUUUCGAAGACAACAUUGUUCUGGGCAUUGCUCUUGAGGGCUCCAAGAGGACACUGCCUAUGGAAGAAGGAAACCCUUAUCUAUCACUAUCCGAGACUGAGCCAGACACCGUAACUGUAGAUUCUGCUUCUUCACCGAAAGACGAGAUAGCACAAAGCCUGAAAAAUUCAGGUCAAGAGAAGGCUGACCAGAGGAAUAUAGAUAGGUGAUCUGAGUUCAGAUUGAAUCUUUGUGAAGAUUUGUCACCAAGCCUACCUUUUUUGUGCGCUUGUGCAAAUGCGAUCUGUCACACAUCAUUGUGCUAUAGCUUUGUAAAAGAUGCGAGUGGUUACUUACAAACAUUCUGUACAUAUUCUGUUGCUGAUUUGAGUCGGUUCUUGCUUUGCUUAUGCAUCAGCAUGAGCUGCUGCAGCCGUCGUUUCCUUUCC